UCUAAACCUCACAAUGGUGAACUCAUCCAACAACUCCAUCCCUGAGUCACAGUGCCUGCCUCCGUAUAACGACAGCAAGUUCUUUGUCAUUGUCAUGUACAGCAUUGUCCUGGUUAUCGGUCUCCCAGCGAAUAUUUUGACCUUUUGGUUGACAUUUCUUCAAAUCUAUAGGAAGAACGUUCUAGCAGUGUACCUAUUCAGCUUGUCCCUAAGCGAAAUCAUGUAUCUUGGAACUCUUCCUCUUUGGAUCCUCUAUGUACAAAAUGGCCACGUGUGGCAGUGGGGCCCUUUAGCAUGCAAGAUCACAGGCUUUAUAUUCUUCAACAACAUAUACAUAAGCAUUCUCCUCUUGUGCUGUAUCUCUGUGGAUCGUUACUUGGCUGUGGAAUACGCCUUGGAGUCCAGAGGAGUUCGACGCCAGAAAAUUGCCAUCGGCGUUACCAUCACUAUUUGCAGCAUGGUGGCACUGGUGCAUGCUCCGGUAUUCAUGCUCAGUGAUGGUGAUCAAACAGGAAACCAGACCACCUGUUUUGAAACUUUACCAGUACCGUCACACAUUGCUCACUUUUAUGUUGCCAGGUUUAUCAUUGGCUUCCUGGUCCCCUUGUUGACCCUGAUGUACACCAACUAUAUCAUCCAAAGAAGGAUCAAGACCAGCGGCAGCUUCACCAGCUUUCAAAAAACCAAAGUCAAGUAUUUGGCUGUUGCUAUCAUCAUCAUCUUCAUGAUCUGCUUUGCUCCGUACCACCUGGUGCUGCUCACGCGAGGAAUUGCUUAUUUCUUAAAGGACGACUUCUGUGAUUUUGAAGAAAAGAUUUACACAGUCUAUUCUAUAUUUCUUUGUCUGGUCACGGUAAACAGCGUGGCUGAUCCUUUCAUCUACGUCCUGGUCAGUGAAAAUGUCAGGAAGGACAUCUGUAAGGCAAUGAGUGUUUGGAGAAGACAAUUAUCCUUCAACACCAAAAGUGACAACAGUACUUACCCACAAAACCACAAUUCCCGGGACCUGCCUUUGGAUAAGGACUGCUCGACACACAGUGGGCUCCAUAUAAUAGACACACUGCAGGACAGAUCUUAUUCCCAUUGACUGGGAG